AGAUCCAAAAAAGCUCAGACUCGAAGAAUGAAUUUAUUUUGAAUAAAAAUCCAAAGUCUUCUUUUUUUUUUUUGGGUCUAUCUGUCUCUCUCUGGUCAGACCUCUGGGGGUUGUUGAGGACUAAUCCUAAUCACUGAAGCAGAUCUAUUGAGGAGGAAGGUGAAGAAGAUGUAUGAGCAGCAGCAGCAGCAGCAUUUCGUGGAUUUGCAAAGCGAUUCUGGAUUUGGGGAUGAUAGCUCGUGGCUUGCCGGCGACGACGAUCUCCGACUGUCUCCUCACCAAUCUGUCGCUGGUACUAACUCCGGUAACGAGAAUCUAGAUCGUCGUCUCUUAAAAGAUCUCGUUGAGAUGGUUCCCCUUAUCGAGCAUUACAUGGAACAUAAAGAAAGGAGUUCGUUUAAGCGGCGUGGUUCCAUGAUCUACACUAAGAUGCCUUCUAAAGAUUCCUUGUCCAGAAGGGGAAGAAAUGGUUCUCAAACAGUCCCAGGAAGAAAGAAGAGAGACCCUGAGGACAAUAGUGAUGUUAUGAACAAUUCUUUGGAAGAUGGUGAAAACACAAAGGCUUUGGCUGGUGCAGAAAAGGAAGAACUGACUAGACUAAGAGAGCAAGUGAAUGACCUGCAGGCAAAAUUAUCGGAGAAAGAAGAGGUUUUAAAGUCAACGGAAAUCUCAAAGAACCAGGUAAACGAUAUCCAAGAAAAGCUUGAAGCAACGAAACGAUUGGUUGCUGAGAAGGAUAUGUUGAUCAAGUCUAUGCAGUUACAGCUAUCGGACACAAAGAUCAAACUUGCAGACAAGCAAGCUGCCCUUGAGAAGACUCAGUGGGAAGCAAAGACAUCAGGGACGAAGGCAAUCAAGCUUCAAGAACAGCUAAAUACUCUUGAAGGAGAAAUCUCUACGUUCACACGGGUAUUCGAAACUCUGGCGAAACCCGAUUCCAAGAAACCCGACAGGGAUUAUGAUACAAGACCAUAUGAAUUUGAUCAUCUUCCAUAUCUUGACGAUGUAGAUGAAACCGAACUGAGGAAAAUGGAAGAAGCAAGAUUAGCUUAUAUUGCAGCUGUGACUACCGCAAAGGAACGAGAAGAUGAAGAAUCUCUGGCCAUGGCUGCUAAAGCACGAGCAUACCUGCAAUCACUAGCCUUUACAUAUUAGUCAUCUUGAGGUACCUUCUUAUAGGAUUUGUCACUCCUUGGUUGUGUUUUAGGUGUAUGUAGAUUUGUACAAUGAAAAAAAUUGGAGAAGAAACACAAAGUUAUGGUUUCCCCCAAAAUCAAUGAACGCAACUCGAGUUUAUGUUUCUUCAAAUUGAGCAUGUAUGAUGAUGAUGAUGUAUCCUUCGAACACAUAAUAUAUCAGAUCGUAUUAUAAAAAUA